CGGGAGAAGUAAAGAUGGCGGCGCAGGGGUCUCCGCCUUCUGCGCCCGGCUGAAAGGCUGUGAGGGAGGCGACAGCGGCGACGGGAGUAGCAACAGCCAUCUAGCAGCGAUACUUUCGGCGGCAGCAGCUGUUGAGGCCGGAGCAAUGGCGGAGCUGGAGCACAUAGGCGGGAAGCGGGCAGAGUCGGCGCGAAUGCGGCGGGCUGAGCAGCUUCGGCGCUGGCGGGGCUCGCUGACUGAACAGGAGCCCGCGGAGCGGCGUGGCGCGGGACGGCCGCCGCAGAGUCGUCGCGGGAGCCCCAGGGUGCGCUUCGAGGACGGUGCUGUCUUCCUGGCUGCCUGCUCCAGCGGGGACACCGACGAGGUGAAAAAGCUUCUAGCCAGAGGCGCCGACAUCAACACCGUCAACGUGGACGGCUUGACAGCGCUGCACCAGGCCUGCAUUGAUGAAAACUUGGACAUGGUGAAGUUUCUAGUGGAGAACAGAGCCAAUGUAAACCAGCAGGACAACGAGGGCUGGACUCCCCUUCACGCGGCAGCUUCCUGUGGCUAUCUCAACCUAGCAGAAUACUUCAUUAACCAUGGAGCCAGUGUGAGUAUUGUGAAUAGUGAAGGUGAAGUCCCUUCUGACCUUGCAGAAGAACCAGCCAUGAAGGAUCUUCUACUGGAGCAAGUGAAGAAGCAAGGUGCCGAUCUAGAGCAAGCAAGGAAAGAAGAAGAACAACAGAUGUUGCAGGACGCCCGCCAGUGGCUCAACAGUGGGAAAAUAGAAGAUGUGAGGCAGGCUCGCUCAGGGGCCACAGCUCUCCAUGUGGCUGCUGCCAAGGGCUACUCCGAGGUUCUCAGACUUUUAAUUCAGGCUGGCUAUGAACUCAAUGUUCAGGAUUACGAUGGCUGGACCCCACUCCAUGCUGCUGCACACUGGGGCGUGAAGGAGGCAUGCUCCAUCCUGGCGGAGGCACUCUGUGACAUGGAUAUCAGGAACAAACUGGGCCAGACCCCGUUUGACGUGGCUGAUGAGGGCCUCGUGGAGCACUUGGAGCUGCUGCAGAAGCAGCAGAGUGUGCUUCGAAGUGAAAAAGAGACACGGAAUAAACUCAUUGAGGCAGACCUGAACAGCAAAUUACAGAGUGGACUCUUUAAGAACAAGGAGAAGAUGCUCUAUGAGGAGGAGACACCCAAAUCCCAAAAAAUGGAGGAAGAAAACAAGGAAUCCAGCAGCUCCAGCUCAGAGGAGGAAGAAGGUGAAGAUGAAGCUUCUGAGUCAGAAACUGAAAAGGAGGCAGAUAAAAAGCCAGAAGUCAUUGUCAACCAUUCCAACUCUGAAAACAAGCGUAGUGUCACAGAGCAAGUACCAACACCAGCUCAGACUACCUUCCCUGCCUCUUCGAGGAAAUUCUCCUCCAGCCUUUUUAGCAAGCCAGAAGAGCCCAAAGAUGAGUCUCCUUCUUCCUGGAGACUGGGACUCCGGAAAACUGGCAGCCACAACAUGCUGAGUGAGGUGGCCAAUUCCAGGGAGGCCCUAAGAGAGCGAGGCUCCUCCAUCUACCGCUCAUCAUCGAGCCCUCGGAUUUCCGCUUUGCUGGACAACAAAGAUAAGGAGAGAGAAAACAAAAGCUAUUUUAGUUCACUUGCACCCCGGAGGCUCAACAGCACAGGUGACAAUGAAGAAAAGGAGAACAGGGAAUCGGCUGUUAAUCUAGUGAGGAGUGGCUCCUAUACCCGGCCGUCAUGGAGGGAUGACGCAAAGGGAAAUGAAACCCCACAGACAAUUGCUCCUUCCACUUACGUAUCAACAUACUUGAAAAGGACUCCUUACAAAUCCCAGGCUGACUCGUCAGUGGAGAAAACAGCAGACAAUGUCUCUUCUAGCACCCCACUCUGUGUGAUCACCAAUCGACCUCCACCCAGCACUGCCAAUGGGGUGACAACGGGCAAUGUACUCUUAACUACUGGAGCAGACUCCUCUGCAGAAGCCAGGGAAAGGAGGAGGUCAUAUCUGACUCCUGUCCGGGAUGAGGAAGCAGAGUCUUUACGGAAAGCACGCUCCAGACAGGCUCGGCAGACCCGAAGGUCUACUCAAGGUGUCACCCUAACAGACCUUCAAGAGGCAGAGAGAACUUUCAGCAGGUCGAGGGCAGAGCGGCAAGCUCAGGAGCAGCCUGGCGAGAAGCCUGCAGACACAGAAGCACUUGAAGUCCGUGCCGAGAAGCAUGAGUCCUCGACUGCGCCUGCACAGGAGACAGGGGAGGGCCGGCAGCCCCGGGGCGGGAGCCUGGAUGAGGAGCCUGGCUAUCGUCGUCUGAGGUGUACAACUAAGCCAGACAAACCCACAUCACCAGUAUCUCCCUCGGCACCCAGUCCCUCUCUCUACACCAGUUCUCACCUGUUCCGGUCAAGUAGGUCUUCUGUUCCCGAGUCUGAGAAUUCAGAGACUACCACAGACACUGCAAGGGAAAUGGACAAGAAAGAGAGUGAAGAUGCAGAUUUAGAUAACCAGUCCUCCAAUAGGCUGUCCACCCGAGACAGGAGGAGACCCAAGGAACGCCGAAGAGGCACGGGCAUCAACUUCUGGACAACAGAUGAGGAUGAGACUGAUGUCCCUGAAGAGGUGAAAGAGGCACUGCAUGAAAGAUUGUCUAGGUUGGAAUCAGGAGGUAGCAACCCUGCAACCAGCGACUCUUAUGACCGAGCCUCAGCAAGAGCCCGGCGGGAGGCGCGCCUGGCCAGCCUGACUAGCCGGGUGGAAGAGGACACCAACAGGGAUUAUAAAAAACUCUACGAGAGUGCCCUAACUGAAAACCAAAAACUGAAAACGAAACUCCAGGAGGCUCAGCUGGAGCUCGCAGAUGUAAAAUCCAAGCUAGAGAAGAUGGCCCAGCAGAAACAAGAGAAGACCUCUGGCCGGUCGUCGAUGCUGGAGAUGGAGAAACGGGAGCGGAGAGCCUUGGAGCGGAAGAUGUCGGAGAUGGAGGAGGAGAUGAAGAACCUCCACCAGCUAAAACAGAUCCAAACCCUGAAGCAGAUGAACGAGCAGCUGCAGGCCGAGAACAGGGCCCUGACCCGAGUGGUGGCCAGACUCUCCCAGUCCAUGGAGUCCUCGGAAACCCAAGAGCUCUAGCCCCGCCCCUCCUCUCCACCUCACCCCCCUGCGUCACUGCUCCAGGCAGGUUCCUUCUCCUCGCUGGGCUCCCACCCCACUCCACCAGGGCCGCCUGCCUCCGGCAGGUGCCUAUAAAGGUUGGUCUCGAGCUGGAAGGCGCCAGGGCUGAGACCAUGGCUGAGCUUAGCCCACACUGGGCUAGCUGCGUCGUAAGUAAGGCUGCCACGCCACCCUAUCUUGUCUCUUCCACUCGCCACUGAACCUGAAUUCGCUCACUCCUGUGCUUGCCUGAGCAUUGACCACACGGUGGGCAUGUGCACAUGCCUGCAUAUGAUGCCCGAGCACACAUGUCUUUGGUGAUGUCAUUGCCAAACCGAGACCACUUUCUUAGGGAUGAGGGCCUGGGGCUUCCCAUAGUCCCUGCGUGUCUAGGGCUGCUUGUGGACUCCACCUUUGGGGUGAGCCAGGCUCGGGGCUCUCAACUCUGGCUGCACAUGGGAGCUUUAAACUAGAGCAUAUAUCUAUCCCCGUGCCUGUGCCCACCAAACCGGGUUUCAGUGGUCUCACUGAGGCCCAGGUGUCAGACCUCCACGUUGAUGGCUGUGUGCAGCUUGGGGUGAGAGCCACUGCCCUGUGGGUACCAAACAACCGGGCCCCACCUCUGACACUGGAGGGCGGCCAGGACUGCGUGUGGCCCCCUCGCCCCUCCCUGCCCAGCCACACCAGCUUCUCCUGCCCUCCCUGCGGCCACAGUCACCUCGGCUUCCCUCUCCCUCCUCGUCUCCCUCCCCUCACAAAUCUUGGCUCCAGAGAUGGUGAGCUGUGAAGCAGGGCACAGCCUGAAUCGGCCCGCACACAGUCAGACCCUCUGGCUUUGCAGAGGUGGCAGGCAGGGGUGCAGAGAGCAGGAGGUAUAGUGCCUCCAUAAACCGAGCCCACCCGCCCUCGGCUAUGGGCUGACAGACAGGCGCACAGACAGACCACGUGCUUGCCCGUCUCCCAGCAUUGUGACGGGUCACCACGGCCCAGCCGUUUCCCUCUCUGAAAUGAGUUUUUCAUUUCCAGCCAGUCUAAUUAGGUCUGUUUUUUUUCCUGCCGACUUGCUCUUGCCCUCGGGGUCAGUAGCUGGCAACUAACACCCCCUAGAUCUGAAGCCCCCACAGCACCACAGGCCGAGCUGAGCCUGCUGCAGGGGCUGUCACACAGAAAGAAACCACGGAGGCCACUAUCCCCGUGGCCUGGCGCCCAGCGUAGGGAGCGCCACUCUAAAGUAAACCUCGGCUGCCUGGGAGAUCCGGCUGUGGUGAGCCAGCCACCCAGCCAUGUCCCGGAGGUCUCCAGUGGCUUGCCUUGUGCCAGGUACCAUAGGGCCUGGGGCAAAACCAGCUCCCUGCUUCUUGAUGGAGGGCCGCCAGAGCCCUCAUCAGAUGGGGAAGGUUGGGCUGAGGCUCGGCGUGUUUCUCUCACCCACUCCCCCAGAGCAGUCGCUGUGUGCAUGUGGAGAAACUGAGUCUCUCUCAGGUGACGAAACUUGCCCAGAAUGUAAGUGACAGACCCAGCACUCACCCUCAUGCAGUGUGAGGUGGCACUGUGGUUGGCGUGGAGAGCCCCUGUGGAGGUCCAGUGUGCCGGCAGGGCAGCUCAGGGAGGCAGGGCAGCCUGUGCCAUUCUGACUUCCCAAGAGCCUCCAACAGAGUAUAUGGCUGGACAGAAAGCCAGUGCCUGGGAUGGGACCCUUGUCAGGGGUCAGCAACCUCUGGCCUGCCGGUGCUGUCCCUGAGCCGUGCACACAGGUUGUUAACCCUCAAAAGAAUACUUAUGAUGCAUGAAAAUAUCACACAAUUCCAAUUUCAGUGUUUAUAAAUAAAGUUUUAUCGGAACUGAGCCAUGCACAUUCGUUUGCGUGUCACCGUUCUGUGGGUGCUUUUGCGCUACAGCAGCAGAGUUGAGGGUCGAGACAAAGACCGUCUGCCCCACAAAGCCUCACCAGGCCAGGAGCAGCCGGCAGGCCCUGCCUGAGAGAAAGCUGAGCGAAGACGAGGCUAAGCUGGCAGUGGAGCCAUGAUAUCUGGCCCAGCCUUCAUUUGCUUUUGAAUUCUUCCCUGGAGAAGCUGGCCUGUCUCUGUGUGACAUGCAAGCCACG